AUGCAAAUCCCGGUACCGGUUGAUCCACCCCAGGCCCCCAGCGACCUCCAUUAUGAUAGUCGAGUGGGCGAGUUUCUCGUCAAGCGGCCCCGAAAUGGGUUUGCAGCGGGAGUUCUCCGGAUUGCCGGGUCGUGGUUUAUAUCUGGUGUGGUGCGGUCGACCAUCCAGCCUCUCAAAAGUGACCAUGUAAACCCAAGAAGCGUCCAUGAGUCCAUUCGCCAAGUUCUGCAUCAUGAGUUUCUCAUCACGGAGCGAUUACUCCGUGCCAACAUCCGUGAAGGCCUAGUCCUGCCCAUCAUCGGCCUCAUCGCUCGCUUCCUGCCUGCGCCGGACCUCCUCCUGACGACCCCCUGGACCCAGCUGGCCCUGGUGCUCCUCAAGACCUUCAUUUGCUUCCUCUGCCACCUGUACGUGUUCGAGAUCGUGAACCAAGUCCUCUCCGUCGACGAAGACAUCGCCAACAAGCCGCACCGCCCGAUCCCGGCAGGCUUGCUCUGCAUCCCCGGGGCCUAUCGACGCUGGCUCCUGAGUUGGGCCAUCUGUCCCGUCAUUGCCAGCCACCUUGCGGGUCCGGAAGCCGCCGGCCUAUUCGGAAUAUACCAAGCCUGGGUAUACUUUUGCUACGUGUGGCCGAAGAUCAACCACUGGGUCUUCCGGAAUGCGUUUGCGUCGAUAGGCGCGUACAACAUGUUCCGACUCGUGGACACUAUCGUUCACAGCGAGAUCCCAUCCUUCCCGGUCAUGCCGAAGAAGGUCCUCCUACUCUUCUCGGCAUGGGUGGUUGCCACAGUACACGUGCAGGAGUUUCACGAUGCCGAGGGUGACCGACGCAUGAAGAGACGGACGCUUCCGGUCGUUGUUGGACCCAAGGGAGAAGGACUCCUCCGAGCAGCCACCGCAAUGCUCGUCAUCGGGUCAGGCACUGUGCUCCUCGUUGCCACCUCUUCUUACACCCAGGCUCUGCCCUCCCUCAUCAACAUUGGACGGUAG